CGCUUUACAUUUAAACUUUUGAUUAAUUUUUUUACACGCACAUACAUACUGGGAGACAGAUAUCGUGUAUUGACUUAGAAAAUCAGACUGCACAGUGAGCUGACAGAAAGUGAACGAGAGUAUGCCACAGAUAGUUGUUAUGGGCGUAUCGGGCUGCGGGAAAUCCUCCGUUGGUGCAGCAUUGGCGACUGUGUUGUCUGGCGAGUUUAUCGAUGCGGAUGACUACCAUCCACAGUGUAACAUCGAUUUAAUGUCCAGAGGUACACCUUUGACCGACAAUGACAGAGUACCCUGGCUACACACACUGCAAAGGUUGCUUCAAGCACACAGCAAGAAUACCCCUACACACUACUUGGUCGUAGCCUGCUCAGCCCUCAAGCGCAGCUACCGCGAAACCUUGCAAACAGGUGCAGCCGACACCUUAUUUGUGCACCUCCACGCACCCUACUCUGUAAUUUGGGACCGGCUGGUCGCGCGACAGGGCCAUUUCGCACAUUCCGAUAUACUGAAGAGUCAGUACGAAGCGUUGGAUCUAGAUCACCCAACUGCCGCCACCAGCACAACAAACCCCACCGCUGCACGUGACGGUGAUGGUUGUGUAGCAACCUGUACGGACAGGGACGAGGCCUGUACGGACAGGAAAGGGGCCUGUACGGACAGGGACUGGGCUUGUGCAGGACCGGGCAUUAACGUGUACCCUGUUGACGUAUCCACCUUGCAAGUAUGCGAAAUAGUCUCGGAUGUGGGGCAGUGUCUGGGGCAAACGUAUGGUGUAGCAAUCAACGGCUAGGGACAGUGUGGGUGUAGCACAACAAAUAGCGAUAGAAACAACACUGCGAUGUAUACGUCCCACGUAGUAAGUGUGUUGUACUGGGUAGACUGUGCGGCUGGUGAUGGAAAGGGUAGUGAAACGUGCGCCAUUCGCUAAACCAUCAUAAGGUACAGUAUAGUGUGGGAGAUGAUAUCAAAGUGGUAGUAACUGAAAGGUAGAUGCACCGUAUGUUAUUAUAGUUUCAUGGCAAGCAUGGUACUCCUUGUGGUGCAAUAGUCCGUGCACAGGCCAUUCCCAAGAGCCCUCGGAGUAGUGUAGUGCUUCGCAAUCGAGGGCGUACAAGUGAGAUGCCUAGUGACUCGACAUGCCACAGUGUGGCUUUGUGGUCUAUGAGAGUCCAUACACUCAGGAAGUUCGUCUCAGUGAACUUACGGUUGACAACACACGGGGAAACGCCAUAAUAAGCACAUCGUGUAGAACCACCAGCCAACGGCUCUCACCGCAGUGAGAGAUCGCACUAUCUCUGAACUAUCACAUGUGCGCUAGCUGAACAACGAAACAGCUUUACCAGUCACUGUACACUGACCGCCAUCGUAACAUCCACGAGAUUAAACAGGAGAGGUUUGGCCCAAAAACACAUAGUUUGGCUCUUCUGAUCACAUCAUAACCGUUAUCACGUUCUAAAAUUGAAUAAAUAUGCGUAUACGUUAAAUUUCUAUUCCGUACCCCCAUAACGUAAUGAGCUUAGGGUUCGGCUGGCAGAUGUGAA